AUGGCAAGGGGUUUAAUAAGACACAAGGUGGGUUCAGGCUUAUCCACAAGCUUGUGGUUAGAUUCUUGGCUCCCAAAUGAUCCUAUCUCAGAUCAAUUAGGCCUUACUGAAUUGAAAACUCUUCAACUUAACUAUCAAGUCAAGGUUGAUAACUUAAUUUCCAAUUCUCAAUGGGCAAUCCCAUCAUUCCUUCAUCAUGUUCCAUUCUUCCAAUCCCAAUCUUUCAUGUCCCAGCUCCAAAGCACAGUUGAUCCAACACCAAUGCCAGACCUGAUACAAUGGCUACCAAGUGCUCCAAUGGACUACUCACACAAGCUCACUAUGGAAUACUUCACCCCUCCUCCAUUGUCAUUUGCUUGGCAUCAUCUCAUUUGGUUUAAGUACCAUAUUCCAAAGCAUAGUCAUAUUGUUUGGAUGGCUAUUAGGAACAGACUUUACACAUUGGAUUCAAAGCCUAUGAAGCACAAGCACAAAACCAAUGCCUGCUUUCUCUGUCUUUCUGAUUGGGAGUCACUGGACCACCUGUUCUUCAAAUGCAAAUACAGUUGUGUCAUUUGGGACUUCAUACAAAAUGUAGCAGGGUUUUAUAUCAUGCCAGGUUGCUGGUCUGAUCUCAUUGACCGGUGUGCUAAGGCUUGGAACCAAGGGAAUUUCAUCAGUCAUGGACAAGCUACUCCUAUCAGCAGCAAUAUACUUCAUCUGGCAGGAAAGAAACUCAAGGGCUUUUAG